AUGGCUCGUCGUUAUGACACUCGUACGACGAUUUUUUCGCCGGAGGGACGCCUGUAUCAAGUGGAGUAUGCCAUGGAAGCGAUCUCCCACGCUGGCACUUGCCUUGGAAUUUUGGCUACCGACGGCAUUCUCAUUGCUGCCGAAAAACGAAACGUCCACAAGUUGCUCGACGAUGAGGUGUUAGCUGAGAAAAUUUAUCGGCUCUCGGAUAAUAUAGCUUGCACGGUUGCUGGAAUCACAGCGGAUGCGAACAUACUAAUCAAUCAUCUGAGAUUCUGGGCAGCCGACUACAAGUACAGCUACGGGGAGCACAUACCGGUGGAGCAGCUCGUACAGAUGCUUUGCAAUGAAAAGCAGCGCUACACACAGGUUGGCGGAAAACGCCCUUUUGGUGUCUCGCUUCUUUAUAUGGGCUGGGAUCAGCACUUCGGUUAUCAGCUUUAUCAGUCUGAUCCCAGUGGCAAUUAUACGGGCUGGAAAGCUACGUGCAUUGGCAAUAAUCAUCAGGCUGCCGUUUCACUACUGAAACAGGAGUAUAAAUCACCAACACUGGAUGAGGCCAAGAAACUGGUAAUGAAAGUGCUUUCAAAGACACUGGACGUAAAACUUACAGCAGAAAAAAUUGAAAUGGCAACGUUGACGCGGCGUAACAAUAAGAUCAUUGUUGAGGAUCUGACGAGUGCCGAAGUAUCGCAACUUAUCAAGGAGCAUGAAGAAAAGGAAAAGGAACAGGAAGCUCAGCAAACUGCUUGA